AUGGAUGUGUUUGUGCGCUGUUCGUUUCAUAAGGUCAGAAGAUUGCGCGUGUGCCCAAGUCGAUGGUGCGUGCGUGUGUGUGUGUGUGUGUGUGUGUGUGUGUGUGUGUGUGCGUGUGUGUGUGUGUGUGUGUGUGUGUGUGUGUGUGUGUGUGUGUGUGUGUGUGUGUGUGUGUGUGACGGCAAGCGGCGGCUCGCACGACAUGUGGAUCGCUUCAUUUUUUCCAAUAUAUUCGAUUCAUCAAAGCGAAGCGAAGACGCCGCAGUCCGAUCUCUGCGCUGUCCUCUCCCACGCGCUUUUGAUCAAAACACCGACAUGGGUUUGUGCGAGUCCCGCGCUGCCAAGGACUUUGAUGACCUGCCCGUCGAGCUAGAUGGCUGGUACAACAGUCACGAGAGCAUCCGCUACGCCGAGCGCAACAUCCUGAAGGCCCUUGAUGUCAUUCGUCGCGAGGCAGAUUCCGGCCAGCUCGAAACGUGGAAGAUUGACAACUUUGUCACUUUCUGGCACCAAUUUGAAGACCAGGUGCACACACAUCACGAUCAUGAAGAGAACCUGUUUUUCCCUUGGAUCGAGACACGUGCCAAGCUCCCGCCCAAGAUGAGUAGCGAUCACGCCACUCUACUGGAACUCAUGGCCACGACCACCAAGGCGAUCUCCCAGUUGCAAGAAGCCAGUUCCAGCGAGCGAGCGCAAGCAGCUGCGCAGUGCAUCCAGAACAUGCAAGCCCUACAGCUUCAUAUGGAUGAGCACCUCAAGGAAGAGGAAGAUCAAGGCAUUCCAAUUGUUCGAGAUAACUUUACGUGGGCCGAAUAUCAGGCUGUCGAGAACAAAGUGGUCAAAGAAGCGCAGUGGUUUGAGCUGCCCCAACUAUUGAUGUACAUGGAAAAUGACAAAAAAUACGAAUGGAUGACCACGCAUGGCAUUCCAUCCUUUGUGCAAUACCUCAUCAUUCGCCCGCGCAUUGCGCGCUUCGAGACGGAGUGCCUGGCGCCCUUCCGCGCCAUCUACGACACUGCGUGA